AUGAAUGAGACACAAAUAUUACAAGAUUCUGUUGGUUAUGAAAAACCUAUCAACAUGAAUGGUGAUAUUCAUUUCCAUAAUAUCAACUUUGCCUAUCCAACUCGAUCCGAUAUCUUAAUUUUACGAAAUCUUACUUUAAUGGCACGUGCUGGUGAGAUAACAGCUUUAGUCGGUUCAAAUGGAUCUGGCAAAAGUACAUGUAUUUCACUUCUACUUCGUUUUUAUGAACCUUUAUCUGGUCACAUUACAAUUAAUGAUCAAGCGAUAACCGAUUGUAAUAUCAAACAACUCCGACAAAAGAUUGGUAUAGUUAAUCAAGAACCUAUUCUCUUUGCUACAAGUAUCUAUGAAAAUAUUCGUUUUGGUAAAGAAAAUGCAACAAGAAUUGAGAUCGAAGAAGCAGCAUGUCAAGCUAAUGCACAUGAUUUCAUUAUGAAAUUACCUAAUAAAUAUGAUACAAUCGUUGGUGAACGUGGUGUUCAAUUGAGUGGAGGUGAAAAGCAACGUGUAGCUUUAGCUCGUGCUCUUGUCAAACAACCAGCCUUGCUUUUGUUAGAUGAAGCAACAAGUGCUCUUGAUAAUGCCAAUGAAAAGAUUGUUCAAGAAGCACUUGAUCAAGCUUGUAAAGGUCGGACGACUAUUGUGAUUGCUCAUCGUUUGGCAACAAUUCAAAAUGCACAUCACAUUUAUGUGUUGCAUAAUGGACAUGUAAUCGAAGAAGGAACACAUGAGAUACUGAUGUCACAAGAAGGAAGUCGAUAUCGCGAGAUGAUGAAAGCUCAACAGAGAGAAAAAACAGAAAAUGAUAUCAAUGAAGCAACAAGCGUCAUACAAAGAGAAGAUGAUGAUCAACAACAAAUAUCUCAACAUCCUCGAUGUUAUAGUGAAAAGGAACUUGAAGAUGGAGAUAAAUACACUGCUUUUGCUAUAUCUGGCUCAAAAUUAACAGAACGAAUUUGUACGAAAGCUUUUGCACACUAUCUACGUCAAGAAAUGGCCUUCUUUGAUCUUGUUGAAAAUAGUUCUGGAACUAUUUGUAAUCGCCUUUCGUCCGAUGCAUUAGCUAUUCAGCAGAUGUUUAAUUUACAAUUAAAUCUUUCUAUUUGUCAAUCAGGUCAACGUGUAGCUCUUAUAGGGGAGUCUGGUUGUGGGAAAUCCACAGUUAUUCAGCUCUUGGAACGAUUCUAUGAUCCUAUACAAGGUCAAAUAUAUCUCGAUGGUGUUGACAUUCGACAACUGAAUAUCCAAUGGCUUCGCUCAUGUCUUGGUCUUGUUAGUCAAGAACCUAUCUUAUUUGAUUUGACUAUUGCUCAGAACAUAGCAUAUGGUAGAGAAAAUACUUCGAUUGAAGAUAUUAUUGAUGCAGCCACCAAAGCUAACAUUCAUGAUUUCAUUCAGCAGUUACCUCAAGGCUAUGAGACCAAAGUAGGUAUGAAAGGUGGUCACUUAUCAGGUGGUGAGAAACAACGUAUUGCUCUUGCUCGAGUUCUUCUUCGUCAACCAAAAAUUUUGCUAUUAGAUGAGGCAACAAGUGCCAUGGAUUCAUACAAUGAACAGAUUGUGCAAGAAGCUCUUGAAAAAGCUGAAACAGAUGAUCCAACUCGAACUUCACUGAUCAUUGCUCAUCGUUUGUCGACUAUUCGUUCAUGUGAUUUGAUCUGCAUUCUUGACAAAGGAUAUAUCAUAGAAAGUGGUACUCAUGUAGACUUGAUGGAACGACGUGGAGUUUAUUAUCAAAUGGUUGUUUGCAGUUGUACUUCAUAA